AACCGUGUAGACAAGAUUGAGUUCAGUUUGGAAGGUAAACCCCUAAGAGACGAGAGGGGUACGCUACACUUACAACCCCUAACAGAGCCCCUCAGUGGCGAUUGCGUCCAUGACAGAGAAGAUGCAGAACUCUCCUCCACUGCCGAUGGACCAUCGCACGACACCGCCGGUGCACAUGACACCAUCGCCGAUGGACGGUGCGACGCACCAGUCUGGCUCCCCGAAUCACCAGCUGUCACCCCACUCUGCCCCUCCCCACCUGCCCCAGAACAGCCACCCCCACGGGGUGCCCAUCUCAUCAGAGCACCAGAUCAGUUCCCACCAGGGCAACCCUCAGAUACGUGUGAGCACGCCUAGUCAGGGCGACAUGAACAUGAGUCUGAACUUACCCUCAGUCCAGUCACUGUCUGACCAGGUGAUGAGCCCCACUGGGGAAGUGGGCAAGGAACGCUGCUUUGUCUGCCCCAAGUGCUACAAAGGCUUCCGCAGCAAGCAGCAGUUAGCGCAGCAUCAUCUAGUACACAGCAAUGAGCGCAAGCACCAGUGCAACUACUGUGACAAAGCCUUUAAACAACUCUCUCACCUUCAGCAGCAUACCCGCAUCCAUACAGGAGAAAAACCCUACAAAUGUACAAUGGAAGGGUGUGAGAGGGCAUUUGCUCAGCUGUCUAACCUACAGCAUCAUCUGAGAAACCACGAAACCCAGGUGCAGAAGGCAGCCAAUCGCCCGCACAAGUGUGCGAUUUGUCAUCGUGGCUACUCUACAGAUAGCGCCUUGAAAAACCACACAAUGAAGAUGCAUAUCCAUAUAAAACCUUUAGAACCAAGGCCAUUGGCAACAACAACAAAACCUAGGCAACGACGAAAGAAGAAACCUGAGAUUUUCGAUGGCCCAUCAAUGGUGCCACGACUUCACUGUCUUCCAGACAGCAACGGGCUGGGUAGUUUCAACCCCAGCAACAUGGGAUCUCCCAAGGAUAGUGGGAUGAGUCCGUCAAUAGACUCUCACAACCACAGCCUGAUCUCUAUGGGCCACAGUAUGGCCAUGGCGCAGAGCCGACCGGCACACUCCGAGGCAGCUCUCAAUUACAGUAAGGACGUGGUUGUGCCACGCCCGAUGUCGACUGGAAGCCUUGGCGAAUUGGAGCGGAGUUACUCGUCUUCUAGCCAGUCACAAGGUCACCAUCAUCCAUCCCUGGACAGUCGGCACACACCUGGGCCAGAUGAUCGGCAGACCAUGUCCCCGCUGGGUAAUGGUCACCUGAUGGGUCACCUACCCAAUCGUCAGCUCUCUCAGUCAAGUCUAGUGGGGGAUCAGGCAGUGACGACAGCGGGUUACCGGCCGUACCUGACGUCUGGUCAGUUCACUUCGCACCACCUCUCUAACCCCAUCUCCAUUCCCACCAAUGCUGAUCUCUCGGCUAUAGCCAAUCACAUGAUCCGGGCAGCUCACCAGAGCGGCUCUAUACCACCGUCACUCCAGUUUAUGCCACUUGGGGGACACUAGUGCUUGUAAUCAUAUUCUCUUCACGACAACUUUUCUUUUUCCUAUUUGACACAGGGCGUCAAGUCAUCCCAUUGUUAUUUUUGCGUACUUAUGAUUUUGUACAAAGUUGAACUAUUGCAUCAUUGGUGAUUAUAGUUUUUACUGAUUUUGUUUAAGGUUGCCAUUUUGCUUUUGGCUUAAUUAAAUUGAAGGUGCUCCUUUUAAUAUCUGUUGCGUUCUCUCCAUUCAUGUUGCUUUUUAGAGGAAAUGUAUUUUACCAAAUGCUUGGUUUUAUUUUUAUUAUGAAGUGUAUUUACUGUAGAUUUACUGCCUUGUUAAGAUUAUUUUGCAUAAUAAUGUGUUUAAGACUUUGUACAGAUUGUCUGUUUUAUGUUCGCUGUUAUAGGUGUCAUUGUUUUGGACAAUGAUUAGAUUCUCUAGUUGAUUUUAGGUAGUGGAGGAAAAUGUUCAUUAUCUCAUUGUGAAUUUUCAAGCCAUCUUGCAUUCUUGACCAUAUCUAUGAUGUCUACAUUACAUCCUUUAUGUCCAGAGGGAGUGCCACUGUGGCCAGAUUAUAGAAUGUACCGGUACUGAAAUCUACACCCUUUUCACUUACGGAAAGUGAUUCCCUUACAAGUACACACCUUAAUUUACUUCACUCCAGAAUUAUUCAAGUUUAAAUCAUCCAAGACUCUUAUUGGGAGAAAACCACCACCCUUUGCCAGGUGAAUGUACCAGACAAAUCAACACACAAAUUGUGCAUCCAAACCAGAACUGCAUUUAACAAUGACUAUUGCAGUGUUACUGAGUUGUUUUGACUACGGCUACUUCGUGCCCAGGUCUAAACUUUGUAAGGUAAUCCUCACCUGACAUGUCCAGGGCUUGUCCAUGUGUCUCAUUACGGCUGAGAAAAGUUGAUAAAAUCAAGUCUGGGAGAGCGAAGGGAGCGAAGUCUCUAUGCACACAUCAGAGUUGUUUCCCUUUAAAAAGGGCACACUGACCCCCCCCCCUUCCCCCUACCAAAAUAAGAAAAAAAACCUGGUUCAAACAAAGUUGACCUGUGUUUUAUUUUUUGUAGAUGUUGAUCUUGGGCGUAAAACUAUCUUUUGCCCUUUACUGCCUUUAAGGCCUGAUAUACAUGAGUGUAGCAGAUGGUAAUCUUUUGUGUUUUGUAAUGGUGGUAUGUUAUUAUAUGUAUAUGUGUGUUUGUGCACCUUUCUGGCCACAACACUGACCUUUCAAUGUGAACAUAUUUGUCAGAAUCACCAAACACAUGGUUCUUGUGUGUGUCGUGUUCCAUUUGCGUUACCACAUCACAAGUUCUUGACAUGUUCAGGAAUCCUACUGGAUUUUGUGGAAUUUUGAUUUGUUCUUAAGAGUGGUCACAGCGUGGGCGGACUGUUUAACGCACUUGGAGGAAAUGAAGGUGAUACAGGACUCUGCAAGAUCUGCUGCACUUACACAUGCGUCUGGUGGGGUUCACCUGGAGUAAAAUUC